AUGGCUCCACCACAACCCAUCGCAGACGAUCUUAAUAUUUCACGUGUUUCCGUCAAACCUCCCCCAUUUUGGAAGGUCAACCCUACUUUGUGGUUUGCACAACUAGAGGCCCAGUUUGAUAUCGCCGGAAUCACUGUUGACUCCACGAAAUUCAAUCAUGUGAUAUCUGCAAUCGAAUCUGAUAUUCUCAAUAGCGUUUGUGAUAUCGUUUUACACCCACCUGUGACUGGCAAAUAUGAUACACUAAAAACACGCUUAAUUGAAUUGCAUUCUGAAAGUGAGGAGUCAAAGAUACGUACACUUCUUCAAGGGCUAGAACUUGGCGAUCAACGCCCAUCACAAUUACUUUGCCGUAUGCGAAACCUCGCUGGAGAGACCGUUGGAGAACCUUUGUUGAAAUCCCUAUGGAUAUCUCGUCUCCCGCAAAAUACACAAAGUAUUCUUGCUGCCUUAAGUGAUGAUCUUCCAAAACUAGCAGUUGUAGCUGAUAAAAUAAAUUACAGAUCUCACAACUCUCCCGCACAUAAAUAG